UCGAACUCAGGGACCGCAAGAUCAUGACCUGAGCUGAAGUCAGACGCUUAACCGACUGAGCCACCCAGGCGCUCCUAUCAUAGGGAGAUUUUUAACAGAUGUCUCUUAGUAACUGAUACACCAAACAGACAAAAACUCAACAUGGAUACAGUAGAUUUGAACAAUGCAAUAAAUAAACUUGACCUUAUUUACAUACCUUAUACUCAGCAAAUGUAAAAUUCAUACCAAAUGCCAAGCCAGUUAACCAAAUGAUGAAUCUAAAAGAAACCUUAAAAAAUAUCAAAAAGUAAAAUUAUACAGAGCACAUUUUCUGACAACAUUGCAGUUAGGAUAGAAAUCAAUAAUGAAACAAGAUAAUAUUAAAAAUUUUAUAUUUGAAAAGUAAUAAACUUUUAAGUAAUUCAAACACUAAGAGAAUGAAUACAAAUGAAAAUUAGGAGAUAUUUUUCUUUGAAUUAUAGUGAAAGUUCAACGUAUCAAAACUUUUAGAAUACAGCUAUAGACAUACUUAAAUGCUGUUAUUAGGAGUAAACAGCUGAAAAUAACCUCUUUUCCUUUGGCUUGCCACUGGGCCAUGGGCCCAGUGGUAUUGCCAUGGGCCACCACCCACCCCGGUGUUACUGGUAUUGUAAGAACAAGCGGUGUCCAAAGUCUUGUUUCUGCAGAGGUGUGCCUGAUGCCAAGGUCCGCAUCUUUGACCUUGGGCAGAAGAAGGCAGAAGUGGAGCAGUUCCCACUGUGUAGCCACACAGUGCCAGAGGAAUACGAGCAGCUCUCCUCUGAAGCCCUGGAGGCUGUCCGUAUGUGUGCUAACAAGUACAUGGUGAAAAGCUGUGGCAAAGAUGGUUUUUGCAUCCAAAUGUGGUUCCAUCCCUUCCACGUCAUCCUUAUCAACAAGAUGUUGUCCUGUGCUGGAGCUGACAGGCUCCAGACAGGUGUGUGGGGUGCCUUUGGAAAGCCCCAGGGCACAGUGGCCAGGGUCCACAUUGGCCAAGUCAUCAUGUCCACCAGUACCAAGGUACAGAACAAGGAGCAUAUGAUUGAGACGCUAUGCAGGGCCAAGUUCAAGUUCCUUGGCUGCCCGAAGAUUCACAUUUCCAAGAAGUGGGGCUUUACUAAGUUUAAUGUGAAUGAAUUUGAAGACAUGAUGGCUGAAAAGUAGCUUAUCCCAGAUAGCUAUGGCUUUGGUCAAAUACAUCCCUAAUUGUGGCCCCUUGGACAAAUGGUAGGCUCUGCAGUCAUGAGAACCUUGACACUGCCCGCUCCUUAUUCACGCCCACAAUAAACCCUGCUUCCUGUCAAAGAAAAAAAAAAGCUGAAAAUAAAUCAUCCAAGUAUCCAUUUCCACUAGUUAAAAAAAUUAGGCUGAGGCAACAGGCACAUGAAAAGAUGCUCAACGUCACACCUCAUCAGGGAAAUACAAAUCAAAACCACACUCAGAUAUCACCUCACGCCAGUCAGAGUGGCUAAAAUGAACCAAAUAAGGAGACUAUAGAUGCUGGAGAGGAUGUGGAGAAACGGGAACCUUCUUGCACUGUUGGUGGGAAUACAAACUGGUGCAGCCACUCUGGAAAACAGUGUGGAGGUUCCUCAAAAAGUUAAAAAUAGAUCUACCCUAUGACCCAGCAAUAGCACUGCUAGGAAUUUACCCGAGGGAUACAGGAGUGCUGAUGCAUAGGGGCACUUGUACCCCAAUGUUUAUAGCAGCACUUUCAACAAUAGCCAAAUUAUGGAAAGAGCCUAAAUGUCCAUCCACUGAUGAAUGGAUAAAGAAGUUGUGGUUUAGGGGCUCCUGGGUGGCUCAGUCGGUUAAGCAACCGACUUCAGCUCAGGUCAUGAUCUCGCAGUUUGUGAGUUCAAGCCCUGCGUUGGGCUCUGUGCUGAGAGCUCAGAGCCUGGAGCCUGUUUCAGAUUCUGUGUCUCCCCCUCUCUCUACCCCUCCCCUGCUCACGCUCUGUGUCUCUCUGUCUCUCAAUAAUAAAUGAGUGUUAAAAAAUUUUUUUUAAAUAGUUGUGGUUUAUAUCUACAAUGGAAUACUACUUGGCAAUGAGAAAGAAUGAAAUACAGCCUUUGUAGCAAUGUGGAUGGAACUGGAGAGUGUUAUGCUAAGUGAAAUAAGUCAUACAGAGAAAGACAGAUACCAUAUGUUUUCACUCUUAUGUGGAUCCUGAGAAACUUAACAGAAGACCAUGGGGGAGGGGAAGGAAAAAAAAAGUUGGAGAGGAAGGGAGCCAAACCAUAAGAAACUCUUAAAAACUGAGA